AUGUCGGAAACGAGAAAUGAGAAAGAUAUGAAAAGUGACAAUGAUCCGGAACCAACUCAACAAUGCACAUUGGUCGAAGAAGUCAAAGAGAAGCCCGGCACCACCACCACCAACAACAACACCACCGACACAAGCACUUCGAAUGAGGCGAAAUGGGUGAAGACGCAAAUGUAUGCGAAGAUGGGUACACAAUAUCAGCCAUAUCGAGAUAUUUCAAAUGAGUUCAAGUCAUUGAAAGAUUGGAAACCGUCGCAGUUUUCGAGUACGGUUUGGAAGAAGAAUGCCGAAAAAAAUCGAUAUGCUGAUCAAAUGUGCAUGGAUCAAACGCGAGUGGUUUUGAAGGUAAAACUGACAAUGGAAGUGCAUAGGUGUUGAAGUUUUGAUGAAGCAUAUCGAAAUAUACCAAAUCGACCAUGCUGAUCACGAUUCCGAAGUCAAGGAUUGCCACAAAUGCCUAUGAGAACUUUUCUGGAGCUCCAAAGUUAGAAUUGAGUUCUGAUGUUUGCCCAUUUUCACCAUGUUCCUGGGUGGAAAAUCAAUUUUUAUAACAUGGAUUUCAGUUUUCAGCUGGUUUUUCAUAUUUUUUGAAAAACGCUGCUAUGUUGUCGAAUGUGGUGAACAACCUUAUUCAAGUUAUAAAAAUUGAUUUUCCCCCCAGGAACAAGGUGAAAAUGGGCGAAAACCAAAACUCAAUUCUAACUCUGGAGCUCCAGAAAAGUGCUCACAGGCAUUUGUGGCAAUUUUUGAUGGUCGAUUCGGUUUCGAUAAGUUUCAGCAAAAGUUGACCUAUGCAAUUCCCAAAAAAGCUUGUUUUCAAACCACACUUUUUCCAGAAUCGAGAAGGCGCUUGCGAUUACAUCAAUGCGUCUUGGAUGGAAAUGCCAGACGGCCGCAAAUGGAUUUCAACCCAAGGUCCCCUCAAAACCACCAUCGAAGAUUUCUGGCAUCUAAUCUACUCGGAAAACAUCAAAGUCAUCUGCAUGCUGUGCUGUUUUCAAGAGGAUGGUGUCGAAAAAUGCUCCGAAUAUUUCAACAUUGAGGGCAAAAAAUCGGAGACUUUUGGUAUCUACAAGGUUCGUAUCAAGACCAAGACAACUGAGCCGUUCUCAUCGAUUCGUCAGACGGUUUUGGAAGUUGAGAAGAAGAAUUCGAAAAGUCCGCCGGUUGUUGUGACACAUUUGUGGAAUUAUGGAUGGGUUGAUCAUUUUUGCCCAACUGAUACCACGCCAACUGUUUGGAUGUUGAAGACUGCCAUGAGCAUGGUAAGGAGCCCGAGUUAGAGGGAUCUAGAAAACCUUUUGAAAAUUUCAGACUGGCAAAACUCCAAUCGUUGUUCAUUGCUCGGCUGGAAUUGGAAGAACCGCCACUUUUGUCGGGAUUGAUUUCGCUUGCCAAAAGAUCAAACAAGAUCCGGAGAUCAAGAUGUGCGAUGUUCUAUUUAACUUGAGGAGAAUGCGGUAGGUUCCAUGAAUCUAGAAGCUCUAACCCCUAAAUCUUUGCAGCCUUCGCUCAAUCCAAUCUCAACUCCAAUUCGCCUUCCUCCAUCAAUGCAUCGUCGAGUGGUUUGCUCAAGCCAAUCUGAUUGCACGUGACGAACAAUUUGAAAAACUUCGAAACUGUUUUGAAUCGGUUGUAAAGAAGAUGAUCAAGACACAGGGCGAAGCAAAGAAACAGUAUUAUGCGGCGAAAGUGACGAGAGAAGAGAAGGAAAAAUCCAAGGCACAGCCAUCCAGAAAGAAGUGA